AAAUGAAAACAAUAGCAUAUGGUUAUUUCCGGGAAGCCGGAACAGUCUUUCCGGUCUAUGAAACUUCCCAAGAUGGCAGUGCAAAUAUCUAAGAAGAGGAAGUUUGUCGCUGACGGCAUCUUCAAAGCUGAACUGAACGAGUUCCUCACCAGAGAGCUCGCUGAGGAUGGCUAUUCCGGUGUGGAGGUUCGUGUCACUCCAACCAGGACCGAAAUCAUCAUCCUGGCUACCAGGACACAAAACGUUCUUGGUGAGAAGGGGCGUCGUAUCCGUGAGCUGACUGCAGUGGUCCAGAAGAGGUUUGGCUUCCCAGAGGGCAGUGUUGAGCUGUAUGCUGAGAAGGUUGCCACUCGUGGUCUGUGCGCCAUCGCCCAGGCAGAGUCCCUGCGCUACAAGCUUCUUGGGGGUCUGGCUGUCCGCAGAGCCUGCUAUGGUGUCCUGCGCUUCAUCAUGGAGAGCGGAUCCAAGGGUUGUGAGGUGGUGGUCUCUGGAAAGCUCAGGGGUCAGAGGGCCAAAUCUAUGAAGUUCGUGGAUGGCCUCAUGAUCCACAGCGGAGACCCCGUUAACUACUACGUCGACACUGCUGUCCGCCAUGUGCUGCUCCGUCAAGGUGUGCUGGGGAUCAAGGUGAAGAUCAUGCUGCCCUGGGAUCCCAGCGGUAAGAUCGGCCCCAAGAAGCCUCUCCCCGACCACGUGAGCAUCGUGGAACCCAAGGACGAGCAGGUCCCUUCAACCCCCAUCUCAGAGCAGAAGGGAGCCAAGCCGGAGGCCGCUGCCGUCGCACCUGCGACACCCGUCCCCACAGCAUAACCAUGAGGGAGCCCCAAACCAGAGUCACAAUUGUCCCAAUGUCAUCAUGAGUCAUCUGGAAAUUAUCCAAAUACCUUUUUCAAGUGUUGAGAAAAAAAAUAAAAAUAGUAAAUGUUUGUAAA